AUGGUAAUAAUUCUCAAGUGUCUGAUGAUUAAACUCAGGUGGCUGUACCUGGUCCUAGCCAGGACAUUAUUUUUUGUACACGGACAAAAGUUUGAAAUAUGGACGGAGUUUUUGAAUGGUGACGUGACUUUUAAAUGGACAAACGUUUCCUCUCUGCGCAAUGAUAUCCUAAUCACUAAGGACUCUCAUUCAGCCGACUGGGUGAAGACGAAUGAGGACCAUUACACAGUGGAAGACGUCCUUAAGUAUAAGUCAGUAACUAUAGAAGUACGAGAGUACAACUGUAUGGACUUCAGUAAAUGUUAUGUGGAACACAAAAAGACAUAUAAUGUGAUCAUAGUUGAAGCUAAAGAAGGAGAAUCAAGAAAUAUUUCCUGGACAGCUGAUUAUUUUCCAGAAAAUGAUUUUUACCGUAUAUUUCAUUAUACACAUAAUGGUUCCCGUACAAGAAUUUUGAAAAUAACAAAGGAUAAAGCAAAAUCUGCUGAAAAAUAUGUAUACCACACCCGACCGUUAAAGUCUGUUAACAUACUGUUUGAGGUUAAGAAUAUAACGGUGGAAGACGCUGGAUAUUACGUAGGAGGUGUCACAAGAAAUGACGAUGAUGGAGGAGUGAUACUGGUGGUCCAUGGAAAGCCGAUGAGACCUACAAUAAAAGGACAGCUGACGAUAAGGGUUGGGAACAAAGCAUUUCUGGAAUGUAUCAGUAGGUCUACCUCCACUCCUUGUUAUUACAAGAUGUUCCCACCAUUAUCGUAUUCAUGGUACAUCAACAAUACGAGGAUUGAAGGAGAAAACUGGGAAACCUAUUAUUUCAGCGUCAGCAAAGAUGUUAAAUACAACAAUUACAGUUGCCGAGUGAAAGAAACUGUGGAGUCAGAGAGAAGUGAUGAAGUACGAAUAAACCCUUUAUAUGGUCCAGAAAAAGUUAUCAUAUCUCCACAGCCACCAAUGAAUAUACUAAAAAUUCGUGAAGGCGAUAAAUUUGGCCCAUACAACUGCUCCGCGGACUGCAAUCCACCUUGUACCUUUCAAUGGUUCAAUAAGAUACCCAGUGGUAAAUAUGAGGCUACAUACCAAAGUGAUUCAUCACAUGUUCUACCAGAGCAAACAUCUAACAGAUCAAGGACGCUUUUUUAUUGCGUGGCCUACUGGAGUGAAGAUUCCGGGAAUACCUACAGUAACUUAACGAUAGACAUUCAAUAUUUAUCUGAACCAAUCGUAUAUAUCAAUGGUGUGACAGAAAAAUAUUCAAAUAUCCCACAGAACGUGUCCCUUACUUUAUCGUGUUUCACAGAUGGAAACCCUAUUCCUACAGUAACCAUCAGUAGGGGGACAAGAAACCAGAUUCUUGGAAAAGUCCUCAAUAAUUGGUUAAACUACACCUUUCCUAGGAAAGCUCAAUGUACAGAUUCCAAUAUAUACAGAUGCGAGGGACGUUCAAAACAAUAUCCAACCAAAGUUGCUACAUUUUCUAUCAACAUUCCUUGUAAGCCCCGCCUUGACAAUAGGGUGGAGUUUAAAUCUACUGUUUAUAUAAGAGAUCUUCCCAAUUCCGUAUCUGUAAAUGUGCCAAUUAUUUCAAAUCCAAAACCGAUGCUGAUCACGUGGAAUGGACCACUUCCUAACCUCGCUAUUCGCACAACAAUAUCGCAAAGAAAUGAAGUUUACCAGCACUGGGUGUCCAGCACGAUCCCCAUUCAUAAUGAGAGUUUUCUCGGUAACUAUACUGUGUUUGGAGAAGGAAUUGAAUUAGCAACCAUCGAGAUUACAGAGAUAGAGCCAGACCUGGGAUCGACUCCGUCACAGUGGAUACUAUGGAUUAUUGUAGAAGUUUUCGCUGGUCUAUUUGUUUUGUUAACAAUAAUCAGCAUCAUUUGUAAAGCAACUUGUAAAUUUGGUUCAGGGACGUCAGUUACAAGCAAAGGGUGCCAUGACGUUUAUGAUGUUACCCUAGGAACACAGGAAGGACGUGGAGAUUUACAAAAUGAAUACCAAUACCUUACAGUGACAGAGCUGGGACAAUUUAACACCGGCCGGAAGUCUGUUGACAAUAAAAACAACAAGUCGGAUCCCAGUAAUCAUUACGAGAAUUCCGGGAAGAUGACGAGUGGCAGUACACGUCCCUUUGUACCAACAAUUUGACUUAAAACUACAUAAU